AUGUUCAAAAAGCAGAAGCAUGACAACCUCAUUGAAGGUAUUGAGAAGGGCAUUUACCGCGAUGUUCGAAAGCAGCUGGACAACGGCGCAGAUGCAAAUUCUCGUUACUACAAAGAUCUGCCACACCGGAAGCCACCGUUGUCAUACGCCGCCAUGCACGGUUAUAUAGAUAUCAUGAAGCUACUCAUAGAGCGCGGGGCGAAGGUGGAUAAAACGGACUUGCACGGCCGAACACCACUGUCGUGGGCAGCUCAACACAGCCAGUUCGGGGCUGCCAAACUGCUCGUUGAACAUGGAGCAAACUUUAAUGCAGAAGACGGGGAGUGGACUACACCUCUAGCGUGGUUGCUCUAUGCUGACGAUGUAAACGUGAAUCAUGGUCUACAGGAGUCCCGGGUUGAGUUAUUUUGCUACUCGAAACAGACUUUGCUGAGUCCGAUAGACAUAUUCUGUGGUAUCACCGUACUCAGACCUGAUUGUACGGCUGUCGCAGCAUCUGUUGCGACAGCCUGUACAGUACAGCGGAGCUGA